AUGGGUUGGACGGGGAGCACUUUCAGUGGCUACCGAUGCUGGUACAUCACGGUCUUCCCACCGCCUCUUCUUAUCAUAGUCUCGCUCAUGGUGUUGUCAGUUAUCAUAAUGGUGUGCGUACUGUACAUCAUCAUCCUUCACAGCGCCGUCAGGACUGUGGACAGGAUCAGGGAGUUUCGGGAAAGCCACACCGUGUCUUACAUCAACAAGGCGUUCGAUUAUAACGAGAACGUUCACCCCCCUGUUCACGAGACGUCGACCACUACCAUAAGUAUCACCAUAUCAGCGGAGACAAUCACUGAGAUUUCAGAGAAACCUAUAGCAUUACACGACUUACGGGUUAACGGUCAAAUUAGAUGUGGCGUAAGGAAGAAAGUUAGGAAGAACUUUCUUAAAAUGACCCGCUACCUUUGCAAGAGGACAGUUAACAACCAUCCGAGUAAAAUGAAAGCUGUGAAAACUGUGCUGCUUAUUCUCCUGUGUUUCGUUGGCACUUGGACGCCUUACUACGUAGCUAUAAUAUUGUACGUUAAGUGCGACAUUACAAAGAAUGUGUCGAAAAUGGCGCGGUCUGUGGUCUGCUUCCUAAUGCUGGCGAUCGCCCUAGCCCAAGGCCGUCACGAAAAAUAUGAAAAUCAUCAACUAUACCGUGUGGCGGGGCCGUCACAAGAGAUCGAAGUGUUAGAAGCCCACCUCGACAUAAUAUCAGCGACGCCAGCUGCACGCUCCGUUUCCGGACAACUUGAAGCCCUAGUUAGACUGUCUCCCGAAGAUAAGCAGAAAUGGCUGGAGUACUUCGACAAGAAACAAAUGAAGUACACCAAGAUGGUCGACAACCUAGCCGAAAUCCUUCGUGACGAAGAUGUUAAGAUAAACAAUGCGAAACAAGCCGCAAAACGAAGAGGACGAUCGAUCAGCUGGGACGCAUACUAUAGAUACAAAGAGAUCAACGAAUAUCUAGACUACCUGGGCGAGGAGUAUUCCGACCUAGUGACGGUCAUAAACGCGGCUCUCAGCUACGAGGGGCGCCAGAUCAAAUACGUGAAGAUAUCCACUAGCCGCUUCGAGGACCUGCGCAAGCCCGUGGUGAUUAUUGACGCGGCGGUGCACGCCCGCGAAUGGGUGACGCCGCCGGUCGCCCUGUACAUCAUCAACCAGCUGGUGGUCGACAUCGUGGACAGCAACCUUACGGACGGGCUCGACUGGAUCAUCAUUCCGUUGGCGAACCCCGACGGGUACGAGUACUCAAUUGAUGAAGACCGAAUGUGGCGCAAAACUCGCUCAAAGGCCCACGAUGGCGCCGAGGACUGCCCAGGGGUCGAUGGCAACCGCAACUUCGACCACUACUUCGGCACCAGGGAAGCCAGUGCCAACCCCUGCUCUCUGAUAUACGAGGGCCCUGCCCCCUUCUCCGAGCCCGAGAUCCGCGUCAUCCGGGACGUCGUCUUGCAGAACCUGAACAGGGCUGCGCUGUACAUUUCCCUGCACAGCUAUGGGAACAUGUUCUUAUACGCUUGGGGCAACAAUGGCACUCUUCCGGCGAACGGCCUGAUUCUCCACCUCGCUGGCGUGCGGAUGGCGACCGCCAUCGAAGAGUUGUCUCUGGAUAAAGCAGACCCUUACGUUGUGGGUAACGCCGCCAACGUACUCUACUACACAACUGGCACGUCCAGAGAUUGGACCCGCGCCGUCGGCAUCCCACUCACUUACACGCUGGAGCUGCCCGGCUAUGAAUACGGCUUCCUGGUCCCCCCAGAAUACGUGGAGCAAAUAGUAACGGAAACCUGGGAGGGGAUCGCCGCCGGUGCUCACUACGUAUUGUCAACCUUC